AUGGAGUCUCUCUUCCCUGCCCCAUUCUGGGAAGUCUUGUAUGGCAGCCACUUUCAAGGCAACCUGUCUCUCCUAAAUGAGACUGUACCCCACCACCUGCUGCUCAAUGCUAGCCACAGCGCCUUCCUGCCCCUUGGACUCAAGGUCACCAUCGUGGGGCUCUACUUGGCUGUGUGCAUCGGGGGGCUGCUGGGGAACUGCCUCGUCAUGUAUGUCAUCCUCAGGCAUACCAAGAUGAAGACAGCUACCAACAUUUAUAUAUUUAAUCUGGCACUGGCUGAUACCCUGGUCUUGCUGACACUGCCCUUCCAGGGCACAGAUAUACUAUUGGGCUUCUGGCCAUUUGGGAAUGCACUGUGCAAGACUGUCAUUGCUAUUGACUACUACAACAUGUUCACCAGCACUUUCACUCUGACUGCCAUGAGUGUAGACCGCUAUGUGGCCAUCUGUCACCCUAUCCGUGCCCUUGAUGUUCGGACAUCCAGCAAAGCCCAGGCUGUUAAUGUGGCCAUAUGGGCCCUGGCCUCAGUGGUUGGUGUUCCUGUUGCCAUCAUGGGCUCAGCACAAGUGGAGGAUGAAGAGAUUGAAUGCCUGGUGGAAAUCCCUGCCCCUCAGGACUAUUGGGGCCCAGUAUUUGCCAUCUGCAUCUUCCUCUUUUCCUUCAUCAUCCCUGUGCUGAUCAUCUCUGUCUGCUACAGCCUCAUGAUUCGGCGGCUCCGUGGUGUCCGUCUGCUUUCAGGCUCCCGAGAGAAGGACCGGAACCUGCGGCGUAUCACACGGCUGGUGCUGGUGGUGGUGGCUGUGUUUGUGGGCUGCUGGACACCUGUGCAAGUCUUUGUGCUGGUCCAAGGACUGGGUGUUCAGCCAGGCAGUGAGGCUGCAGUAGCCAUCCUGCGUUUCUGCACAGCCCUGGGCUAUGUCAACAGCUGUCUCAACCCCAUUCUCUAUGCUUUCCUGGAUGAGAACUUCAAGGCCUGCUUUAGAAAGUUCUGCUGUGCUUCAGCCUUGCAUCGGGAGGUGCAGGUUUCUGAUCGUGUGCGCAGCAUUGCCAAGGAUGUGGGCCUUGCUUGUAAGACUUCUGAGACAGUACCACGGCCGGCAUGACUAGGCGUGGACCUGCCCAUGGUGCCUGUCAGCCCACAGAGCCCAUCUACACCCAACACGGAACUCACACAGGUCACUGCUCUCUAGGUUGACCCUGAACCUUGAGCAUCCAGGGCCUCGAAUGGCCUUUCUUUUGGCUCAGGAUGCUUAAUCCUAGAGGAAGACCUUGUAACAACACCAUGGGACAGGUCCAAGCAUCAAGGUGGCCUCUAAGGCCUCUGUCAAAUUAGGCUCCCCGCUCCGGUGUAAGACCAGAGAGGACCAAAGGACACUGAA